AUGUCAUCAUGGUUUGUAUGGGUGCUCACCAUCUUUUUCUGCAUCGGCGGCAUGCAGGGUAUGCAUAACAUCAUUAUGGCAGUUAUAUUGAGAAAAUGCAGAAAUCUUGGUAAAAAAUCUGUGAAGCACCCUCUGCUUGGGACAAUGUCAGUGUUGUCGCUUUUGGUGAUCAUUUUUUGCUUGGCAUUUGCUGUUUUCUGGGAGAUGGGGAUCGAGGGAGGAGAGGAAAGCUGA